AUGAUUGACUCGCCGAAGAGUUUUAAGCGAAAGGCCUCUGAGGAAGCAGCUUCCCCAGAGUCUGGGGUGCAAAGCAAGAAGGCACGAACAGAUUCCCCUGUGAAAGAAGAAGACGCCUUGGUCAAAAAACCACCUCUUCGAAUUGUUCCAUUCCCUGAGAAGCCCGCUGUUCUCGAGGAACGUCGAGGCGACAUCGAAUUCCGUGUCGUCAAUAAUGAUGGCUCCCAUGACAGCUUUAUUGUUCUGACAGGCUUGAAAUGUAUAUUCCAGAAGCAACUCCCGAAGAUGCCUAAGGACUACAUCGCACGCCUUGUCUACGAUCGGUCCCAUCUUUCUAUGGCUAUCGUCAAGCACCCGCUGGAGGUUGUUGGAGGAAUCACAUAUCGUCCGUUCAACUCCCGAAAGUUUGCUGAAAUUGUCUUCUGCGCUAUAUCCUCGGAUCAACAGGUGAAGGGAUACGGUGCACAUUUGAUGUCCCAUCUCAAGGACUACGUGAAAGCCACAUCUCCCAUAAUGCACUUCCUCACCUACGCCGACAACUAUGCCAUUGGAUAUUUCAAAAAGCAGGGCUUUACCAAGGAGAUCACGCUCGAUAAAUCAAUUUGGAUGGGAUACAUUAAGGAUUACGAGGGCGGCACGCUCAUGCAGUGUACCAUGCUCCCCAAAAUCCGCUAUCUGGAGAUGGGUCGCAUGCUCACCAAACAGAAGGAGUCAGUGCAAGCCAAAAUCCGUGCCUUCAGUCGCUCGCAUAUUAUUCAUCCCCCUCCGAAGGAAUGGAAGAAUGGGGUGUACGCGAUCGAUCCUCUUAGUAUACCCGCAAUCAAAGAGUCUGGAUGGUCGCCAGACAUGGAUGAAAUGGCUCGCCAACCGCGCCAUGGACCCAACUAUAAUCAAUUACUGCACCUGCUGAAUGACAUGCAAAACCACAGUGCAGCUUGGCCGUUUACUCAACCCGUGAAUCGAGACGAGGUGCCAGACUACUACGAGGUGAUCAUGGAACCUAUGGAUCUGUCGACUAUGGAAGAGAAGCAUGAGAAGGACUUGUACCCGACCCCACAGGAUUUCAUCAAGGAUGCCAUGUUGAUCUUCGACAACUGCCGACGUUACAAUAAUGAGACAACACCCUAUGCCAAGAGUGCAAACAAGCUUGAGAAGUUCAUGUGGCAGCAGAUUCGGAACAUUCCGGAGUGGUCGCACCUUGCCGAUAACCAUUGA